UGUCUUCAUCUUUAUAAACCUUUUACUUCGUAGACGCCUUACAUCAGCAGAUCUUGAUCAAACUGCAUAUUUGUAACUCUAAACCAACGAAGAUGUAGCAUUUUAGUUCUUGGAUGGAACUACUUUUGUCAAAGUGAUUCGGACAUAUGACCUCUGCUCAAGAGUUUAUCUCAGUUGACCCAUUUAUGUCAGUGAGCAAAAGUGGUCAGUACAAACACGAAUGGCACUCCGUGUGGCUGUAAUCGGUGCGGGCCCGGCCGGCCUGUGCGCGGCGCGCUACCUGUCGGCCGAACCUGACCGCUACCUGCCGACCGUGUACGAGCAGACAGCGGCGGUGGGCGGGACCUGGGUGUACACGGACAGGACGGGGACGGACGAGCACGGGCUUCCUGUACACUCCAGCAUGUACAAAAACCUGAGGACAAAUCUUCCGAAGGAGGCGAUGGUCUUCCCAGACUUUCCUUACGACAGCGGCCUGCCAUCUUACAUGUCCCACAAGGAGGUGCUUCGGUACCUGGAGAACUAUGCAGAGAACUUCGGACUUCACAAGUAUAUCCAGUCUCCUCUUCUCCAGUUCCUCACCAGGGUUGAUAUAGUGAAACCUGUCCACGUGACACCUGGCGACAUGAAAUGGCAAAUCACGACAUUCAAGGUCACGGCUCCAGAGAGCCCAACAACGGAACAAUAUGAUGCAGUCAUGGUCUGCAAUGGCGGGCGGAAUUCCGUCCCUUUCACUCCUGCCAUCCCCGGUACAGACCAGUUCCAGGGCAGGACCUUACACAGCCAUGACUACCGAGUACCAGAACCGUACACUGGAAAGAACGUCGUCAUCAUGGGAGGCUUGGCCUCGGGGGUCGACAUUAGUGUUGAACUCGCACAGGUCGCCGAACGUGUCGUCAUCAGUCAUUCUAACCCGCCAAUCGCGAAUAUACAAAAUCUUCCUCCAAAUAUUACACAAGCCACUAGAGUAGAGAGUAUUGUGGGUCCGAACACAGUCAGGUUUCAGGACGGACAAGAGUUCCACGCAGACGAUAUCGUCUUUUGUACAGGUUAUCGUCUGAGCUUCCCCUUCCUGACUCCAAACUGUGGCCUAACUGUCACCAAAGGCAGAGCUUACCCACUGUACAAGCAUGUUCUUAACACCACUUAUCCUACAAUGUCGUUUGUGGGUAUCACAAGUCAUGCCCUAACAUUUGCCUUGUUUCAGCUCCAGAUCAAGUUUGCUCUAGGAGUCUUGGAUGGCAGCAUUAGUCUUCCUUCGAAGGCAGCCAUGGAUCAUGAAAUUGACCAAGACUUUAGAUCACGUCUAGAGGCAGGCCUACCCCCACACAGAGCCCAUGAUGUGUUCCCUCUGUAUGUAUCAUAUAUGACCGAGCUAGCCAUGGUGACCCGCCAGCCUGACCCUCAGGGCCAGACUGCUAUGUGUGAUGACUCUAUCUCGCGUCUAUAUUCCGAUCCUCAGCAUUUUAAACAUGCAGAAUAUAAGAUAACAGGGCAGGAGACAUGGGAGAGGGUUCCCCACCAAAGCUAGCAAGUAGACUUCUGAGUAAAGCGUACACCACUGCAUUCCUGUCAGAACAGUUAAAAUUAUUUGAUGUUGUAUAUUGAUUGAAAAAAUCUCUACAGCUUUACGGAUAGCAUUCAUUUAUGUAACAAAUUUAUUAGCGCCGUCUCAAUGACGUCAAGCCAUGACGUGCAUGUACAUGUACAUGUACAUAUCUCACAUUGCUUUUAUGAUGUGUUGUCUUUUGUAUGUAUCUACAUGUGUAUCUAAACCAAAAGUAUAUAUGAUAUAAUGAUGUUCGUCCAUCGGGAAGCGAUGAGGACCUUGACUUCAGAUCAAUUCUGUUCAGUUGCCCUUGUGGGUAUGAUAUAGCUAUAGCGUAUUUGCAGUCAUAACAUUGUAUACUGGAACAACACUAAACCAUACAGCCUGUGGUAUCACAUUGUCCAUUUUUUUUCGUAUAAAAACAAGAUAACGCCCCAGGCCUAACCACGAAACUUCAUGUAUGGUACAGUAGCUUGAACAUGCAGAGUAUAAGGGCUGGAGGCAUGCAUGUUGGAUAGGGUUUCCCACCAAAGUGAGCUGUCUGAUACAGCAAGCGCACUUCUGUCAUAUUGUCUUAACAUUUUAUAGCGAUUCAAUGUUUUGCACUAACAUCAGGAAAAGUUUUUUUUUUUAUAUUAAGUUUGUUUCCCUAAGUACCAAGCUUGUUAUAAAUGUUAAACUUUUUUUAAUUCAAAAAGCUUCCCAAAUUCAGUAUACAUACAAUGUCAUAAAUGUGAGUGUAAAUGUAGUGUUUAACACGUUGAUAUAGAGUAUUUGGUGCAUCGUGUGUUUUUAAACAUACACUCAAGAUGCCAACAAGAUGUAACUACAAAACAUCAGGAAAAU